AUGUCCGUGUACGAAGAGGCCUCGCAGCUGUUUCGGCGCCAGUUUACCUUCAAAGCCUCCUCUGCAUGGCGACCGCCGGACCCGAACCGCAUCUGCUCCGACGCCGACUGGUGCCUGCCGGCGCUCCAGCAGAUGAAGACGGAGCUGAACGCCACCAAGAGCCUGCUGAACGACAGGCGCGCCCUCUGUGUUUCUGGCGUGGAAGACCUCCCGGCAGACUUUGUGAGCCAGGUAGAAGAGUGCGCGCAGUACUUCAAGGAACUUCAGGAGCGAACCAUCAGGGAGAACAUCCAGUGGUUCCAAAACGACAUGGAUCAACCAAGCUGUCUGAGAUUGCAGAGUGUGAAGGACACGGUGGCAUCGCUCUACAUCAAGCGUUACGAGUGUAGGCACGUCGGGCAGCCGCCCCUGCCACUGAUGCAGGGCCCGAGCACGUUCCUGCUGCGCUGCCGGGGCUGGAAUGUGGCCAGCUUCAGCGAGCGCAAUGGCUGCAGCAACUGGUGGAAGAAGCACGCUGAAGAACUGCGGAAGAUGCUGGAUGGUGUGCCGCUCGCAAACAUCUCCCACAAGCCAACCUUCCACAGAGCGCUGUCAGACAGGGUUGCUCCGUGUGCGUCUUGGAUCCGCACAGGCCGCAAGUACGGGAAAGUUCCAGGCCUAUCAAAGUUCUGCUCGUCAGCCUUGCUGGACAUGGCCCUCAUGCUCGGCCUGUCGGACGCCAUCGACUCCACUAACGAUCUAGCCGCGAUGGUGGACACCUCAAACACCUCCCUCGUGGAAUGCGGUAGGGACAACAUGAGGUCGGCUACAGACAUUGCAAAUGCAGUCUCCCAGCUAGAGUUCGGGACGCAUCUCGCAGUCAGACUUCGAGAGACUUUGAGCCGAUUCUCGGCUGGUGUCCUCUAUCUCCUCGCUGGUCUUUUCAAGACCGUGACGGUGACUUUUUCGGACGUUCCCGGAACGUGGCCUCUAUGGAAGUUUUCAGACGUUGACGUUGACUGCGCAGAUGCACUGCUCGAGUACUUUGCAAUGAUCACAGCCGUGGAAGUCGGAGACACUUCGACUGUACUGGAGGUCGUGCCCUUGACCAUGCUGUGUGACACCAAAUUCAGCAGGUUUCUGAUGUCCGUGAAUGAUAACAUAUUGCAUGAGUUCGUGACGGACGUUCUCGACUCUGCAGACAGUUGCCAAACAUCGUGUGACUGAUUAGUUAUGUGUAUGGAGUUUCAUGUGCGCACCUGUGAACUAAAUGCAACAUAUGCUUGUUAAAUUUGUGCGAAUGGGAACAGUGUUGUGUGUGUGUCCCUGUAGUAAUUAACAGGCAGCUCAUUUUACGAAUGACAUAUACACAACACAUAGUAACGUGCCAAUGUCUGAUAACUAUAAUGCCUGAUAACUAUAAACCCAGGUUUUAAUUAUAGGUCGUCACUUGGAUUGUACAAUGAAAAAGACAUUGGUGUGUGUCCCGAUGUUGUAUGUGUCGGUAAUAAAGCAGUGUACAGAAUCGUCUUUGAACAUCUCUGAGUACUUCACUGCAAAGCCUAUAAAAUUAUAUUUUAUUUAUAGCAGUUAUGUAGCAGCUACACAGCACUUCUUGCAUUCCCAUGAGCAGUUGUCACAUGUCGCCAUUAUUCCGCAAAAGUUACUGCGCUCAGUGCCAACCAGAAAUUUUAGUACCAGCUAUAUCUUCCGAGCAGAAUGCCCACUCUUCAUUCCUGUAAGAGGACUGUUUUCAUCAAUGCCCUUUAUAGAAUUUGCACUGUGCACACACUUCACGCAUAAAACAUCAAUUAGCACCUCAAGCCAUGAACACUGCCAAGUUACAUUCCUGUAAGAGAGCCUUCCUAGCUGGAGUUAACUUGGAGCUCAAGCUUACUUGCUUAAUUGGUUGGUGUAAAAUGCAGGCUUAGUGUAAAAUUAAAUAGUUCCAUUAUUUUAAUUUGAAA